CAAUAAUUUCAUUUUGCUUCAUGUUUCAAAUGUAUUAUCAGUUGAGAAUAUUUUUUAUGUUGACAGCAAUGUAUAAAAAUAUACAGCAUGGUGUAUCAAAGUAAGGAUUCGCGUUUUUGUUAAUAUAGCCCGUCUCUCCUCCAUCCACCGCGUCACAUUAACCCCUCAGCUGCAGCUUGACAACCACACUGAGAGACACCAACACCACCGGCACCACCAUGCUCUGGAAAUCCCGAACCAAGACUGACGCUCUGCAGGACCGCGCAGACGGACUAAGCGGCUCUUCACCGAGUGGGCGCCUCUCCCAGCUGUCCUCCCUGAACCAGGCCGCCUACUCCUCGGCUCCCCCGCUCUGCCACACUCCGGCCUCUGACUUCCAGCCUCCGUACUUCCCUCCCCCUUAUCCCCAGUCCUCCCUGCCAUACUCCCAGAGCCAGGACUCAUAUUCCCACCUGUCAGACCCCUACCCCUCCAUCAACUCCAUCCAUCAGCAUCAGCAAGCGGCGUGGCACUCGCAGAGGUCGCGCUCCGACGACGGGGGACUUCUUUCACAGUCGCACCGGGCUUUGAGCCUCGACCCCCGGCGGGAGUAUCCAGCUGUCCCGCGGCUGCUGCACGGUCUCGGGGAAGGUGCUGCCGCUCUCGGGGAUGGUCCCCUCGGGAUGCACCUGGGACAUCAUGGCCUGGACGAUCUCCAGGGAAUGGAGGAAGGAUCAGCCCUGGGCAUCCUCGACCACUCUGUCAUUAAAAAAGUUCCCAUCCCGUCCAAGCUGAACGGCUCGUCCCUGUCAGCCUUGUCCCUCUGCAAGGAGGGUCUGGGUGUGGGAGCUGUGUCCAACCCAGCUGAGGUUUUCUGUUCGGUCCCUGGUCGCCUCUCGCUGCUCAGCUCCACCUCCAAGUACAAGGUGACAGUUGGGGAGGUGCAGCGACGCCUCUCCCCGCCUGAGUGCCUCAACGCCUCUUUGCUGGGUGGAGUUCUCCGCAGGGCGAAGUCAAAGAAUGGUGGCCGCUGUCUGAGAGAGCGUCUGGAGAAGAUUGGCCUCAACCUGCCCGCCGGGCGACGCAAGGCAGCCAACGUCACUCUUCUAACAUCUCUAGUCGAGGGUGAGGCCGUCCAUCUGGCGCGGGACUUUGGUUAUGUAUGUGAGACAGAGUUUCCAGCCAGAGCCACAGCUGAGUAUCUGUGCAGGCAGAGUGAGCCCGACCAGCUCCCAACACGGCGCAGCAUGCUGCUUGCCACCAAGGAGAUCUGUAAGGAGUUUGUGGACAUGAUGUCCCAGGACCGCUCUCCGCUGGGUGGCAGUCGACCCACCCCCUGCCUGGAGCCCGGUGUCCAGGGAAGCCUCACCCACUUCAGCCUGCUCACCCACGGCUUUGGUACUCCCGCCAUCUGCGCCGCGCUCUCCGCCUUCCAGAGCUACCUGAUGGAGGCGAUCAAAAUGCUGGACAAAGGAGAGGGUGGAGGGAAGAGCCACCACGACAAGGAGAUGAAGCACCGCAAAUAGAGGGGAGGACGGACAGGACGUGUUGAUGGAUGAGAUGAGAGGCAGAAAGGAGGGAGAAAAAGAGGGGAGAAAGACUGAUUGGUGCCCCUCUGCAUCUUUACCUUCGCCCUCAGGAUAAAAACUGAGACUUUUACCUCCCAGAAAAACCUCUGCGGCCCCUCCCGACGAGGAGGCCGGGGUCAUGAUGAUAUCUGUACUGUAAUGUGUGUCCACAACCACCUCACUCAACAUGACGCAUGGACCUCUCUUCUCAGUAGCUGGUUUGUGUCAUGAUGGCGUCUGCAAAAACAUCUCUUCAAGAUGAGUUCCUACAUAUGGCUGUAUUUAUUUACCCCCUCCUUUUUUUUAUUUGGGUAAACAUGUCACCUUUAUCUGUGUUUUAGAAACCCCUGCCUUCAUCAGUGACUCUCUCUCUCUCACGCACACGCACACACACACACACACACACGCACACACACACACACACACACACACACACUAGUAAACAUUUUUCGGACUGAACUCAUCUGGGAAGUGUGGUAAAGCCAUAUCCGAGACGACAACCUGCUCUUUGCUCCUCUUGAACAUUAGGAGACUUUUAACUCCACCUGAUUGGACAAGCACAGCUUCCAUUUGUAGUUAGUGGGUGGUCAUGGGAAAUUGAGUUCUCUGGGUUCUCUGACAGUGGGGUAAGGAGGAGGAGUCAA